AACUUUGUUCGGCCAUGAGUACUUCACAAUUACUCUGACAGUGUUUGAAGGCAGCAAUAUUUUGUUGUGGUUUACGUCAUAGACGUAAAAGGGGGACGUUCCAGCCGUGUCGACUGGUGGAGAAUAAGUCACGUGCGCAAUGCAAAUGAGACAGCUGUCCGAGAGGAAGGAUCUGCUCAGCGGCUCUGCGGGCUGAAGAUGGCGGACGGAGAGACUAGUCUCGGAAUGGCCUUUUCAGGCGCAUCCGAUAUGGAAGAACCUGCCGCAAAAAGGUCUAAAAUCAGCCCGGUAAAGAAAUACGGAUUCAAAGUCGCUCAAGAGGGCCUAUCCUCGUGUGUCUCUGGGGCCAAAGAGAGCCGGGAGGCGGCGAUGAAUUGUACGCAAACAGCGGAGACGGAAGCGAAGCCGGCGAUGGCGGUAGAGCAGGCCCCAGCGGCGCUAGGCGGAGACAACAAUGGACUGGGACUGCUGGUCUCCGAGCCGCACAAACCAGUCGUGAAGCUAGACGACAGCGCGGUACUCGGGACGACGGAGGAGAGCGCUGAUUUCCUCGGACAUGACGAUCUUCCCUCCAACGGUCUGGCCGUCACGCCGGACCACAUCAUCAACGACGACGACGACAGGUCGUCACACGCGAGCUCCAGUGACUGGGCACCUCGACCGCAAAUAGGCUCCUACAGUUUCAUCCAGCAACACAUCAGAGACACAGACCCGAGGACCAUUCUGAGGGAUCUGCUGCCCGAGACUGUCCUCCCUCCAGAUUUAGAUGACAUGACACUGUGGCAGAUUAUCAUCAACAUCUCAGAACCUCCGAAAAGAAAGAAGCGGAAGGAUAUUAACACCUUAGAAGAUGUGGUCAGGCUACUCCAUGAAAGUAAAAGGAUCCUUGUGCUGACUGGUGCUGGGGUGUCAGUUUCGUGUGGAAUACCAGAUUUUCGCUCCAGAGAUGGAAUUUAUGCACGGCUUGCUGUAGAUUUUCCUGAUCUUCCAGACCCUCAAGCUAUGUUCGACAUUGAUUACUUCAGACGGGACCCGAGACCCUUUUUCAAGUUUGCUAAGGAGAUCUACCCGGGCCAGUUCCAGCCUUCACCCUGUCACAAAUUCAUAUCUAUGCUGGACAAGCAGGGGAAGCUGCUGCGCAAUUACACACAAAAUAUUGAUACAUUAGAACAAGUGUCUGGAGUUAAGCGGAUUAUCCAGUGUCAUGGGUCGUUUGCAACUGCUUCCUGUCUCGUCUGUCAAGACCAAAUGGGUUGUGAAGCUAUAAGGGAAGACAUCUUUAACCAGGUUGUCCCUCGUUGUCGACGUUGUCCAGAUAUUCCCCUGGCGAUCAUGAAACCUGACAUUGUCUUCUUCGGAGAGAAUCUUCCAGAAAUGUUCCACAGAGCCAUGAAACAGGAUAAGGACGAGGUGGACCUCUUGAUCGUCAUCGGCUCUUCACUUAAAGUCCGACCAGUUGCCCUCAUCCCAAACUCCAUUCCACAUGAAGUGCCUCAGAUCCUGAUCAAUAGGGAGCAGCUGCCUCAUCUCAACUUUGACGUGGAGCUACUCGGCGACUGUGACGUCAUUGUCAACGAGCUCUGUCAUCGGUUGGGUGGAGACUUUGAGCAGCUCUGCUACAACAUUGUAAGACUCACUGAGACCACAGAAAAGCCCCCCCGGCUACCAGAACAGCCACCGAGCGAGGCCUUGCCUGCUGUUGCUGAUGCCGCUCAGGAGGAGCAGCAGCAGCACAGUACAGACUCUGUAACUAAGCCUUCAGAGGAGACGGAAAGUCUGAAUGUCACAGACACUGCUGGUAACGAUGUUCCACCUCCAGAGCCUUGUCCAAAUGCUCAGUGUCCCAGCGAAGAGACGGCUGAGCCUUCAGAGUUGCCAGCAGAGGACGCGCCGAAAGAGGAGACCGCUGAAGUAAAGAGCCAAACCUCCAACCUUGAAUUUCGGAGACGAUGCUGGAUGAGUCGAAUCAACAGAAGUCCAAUCAGCAAACGCCUUGAGACAGGCCAGUACCUGUUCCAAGCACCAAAUCACUAUAUCUUCCACGGGGCUGAGGUUUACUCCGACUCUGAAGACGAGACGUCGAGCUCCUGUGGGAGCGACAGUGACGAGUCCGAGUGCAGUGCAGAUGGGGUUGAAGAAGAAGACGAAGACGACGACGACGACGACAGCGAGCCGGAAGACGCCGACACUCUAGCAGCGGAGGGAGAGACUUGUCUCAGAGACUCAUUGCAACGCUCUUUAGCCAAUGAGGCCGAGUCGAGUGUGCAGACAGACAGUACUUCUGAAAAGACGCGAAGCACCACACACCUUUAAAUGUAAACGUACCCAGUCGACAAAGCACUACUUGUCUUUUUUUUUUUUAUAUAUAUAUAUAUAUACGUUUUGUAUAUUUUUGACUCAUCAACCGUACUAUUAUUUUUCAUAAAGUUGAAAUUGCUUGACAACGGCAAGUUUUGUUUUCUGUGCCCAGUUUGGUCACGAGCAUUGUCUGAAACAUCAUGCUGUAGACUACUUACUAAUUAGAAUGCAGUAGUCAUUGUUUUUGGUUCAGACUUCUUUUCAUGUGGUCGUCUCAUUUUUAUUCACAUUUUGAGAAAUUCUUCCGAGACGUCCACUGCAGCGUGCCGAUAAUGCAACACUAGAUUAAGCUUUAAUUCUUAAAUUGCAGUCAUUACAGGCAAAGACUUUGAAUGUCUCAGUCCAUGGUGUGAACUCUGCUGUGGUCUAAUGAUGUGUUUUACAGUUGCUUCAUGUUCCAAUUGGAAAACGUGUAAAUAUAUACGCCUCCUGCCUGCUAAAUAGGGGAUACUAUGAGUUUCAGACACGUACAUAAAUCUUUAGAUGGUUUACUUGAACACAUUGUCUAACUUGCAAUAUAAAAGUUCAGCGCUGCCCUUUCAUUAAGGGUAAAAGCUAGAAUUCAGAACAGUACUUUUUCAUUUUAGACCAAAGAACGCUUUAUCACCAUGUUCCUACGUUGUCAUAAGCUUUGUAUGUUAAAUAUAUAACUAUUGAAAAGGUGUUCCUUCCGACAUGUGGCAGCUACUUUUUUAUGGUCAAGCCUCUUAUUUUUAUACUCUGUGAGACAUAUUCCUCCAAGAGUAGAUGCUAGUUUAUAUCUGUACAAGGUUCUAAGUUGUAUUAUUAAACCGUAGGAAUAUAUUCAAUGAGUUUGAGUUCAAAAAUGGCAUCAAAGUGGUUUUAUUGCCCAUGUCACUUUUCAUAGAUUAUAAAGUUAAAACAUUCACUACACAGAGGAUUCUACUGCCUGUAAAGAUCACGUGUUGGUAGAUGGACAUAUUUGAGUGAAUGUAGUGGAUAAAGGUAAACUCUAGCCAACAUAAUUAACAUACCAUCUACAUUAAGGUCAUAUUUUGUUUACGGUAUAAGGAAAUAAGAUUUUUUUUUUUUUUACAUCUUUAUAGGGGUUAUCUCUUCUUGGGUUCUCAGUAAAAAAAAAAAUGAAAAAUGACUUUCUUUCUAUUAUUUCAUGCACAACAGAUCCAAUCAAUUCACAUCAACAUCCUCAAAGUGAAGGAGCGAGGCGAGAAAAGUGCGCCACCUAGCGUGUCAGAGUUCACCCUUACAGUUCCUCUUUUCACUUCAUGUGGCUUUCUAAUCGUGUAGAGUCGAAGGGUUUAAGAGAGACAACGACUGAGUUACAUUUGUUAAAUUGUUAUAUUCCAAGGAAAGUGUCUAUAACAGCAAUACAGUGCAACAUUCAAGGUUUUAACUUCAGUAGGGUGCCAAUAACGUCGGGGAGGG